GUCGCGUGACGCUUUUGCUGCGCGACAGCCUCGAAGACAUGAUGACGAGAGCUGCUCUCAUCUGUUAGCUGUUGAAGCCAAAUGAGACGUUUCACUUUUACGUUUGGCGUUAUACGGAGACUAAAGUCGUCCUCAUCGAUUGUUUGCUGAAUAUAAACCGUCGCGUUGAGGUUUUCCGACCGAGGAGGCGUCAGUGGGUGCUCUCCAGUCUCCCGAUAGUCCCACACACCUGCCUUCAUUCAAUGAAGUGUUAGCAUCACACUUAGCAUCUGGAUUUUUUUUCACAAAAAAAGGCACACCUUCGACACGCUUCAGCAUCCUCCGGACACACUUUUAUACAACAUCGGUGACCAAACGGUGACGCGCUGGCGCAGGUUGCGGGGUGUCCGUGGAUAAUGCGAGACAGUGGGGGUAGCCUGACCCAGAACCGCUGGCAGGGAGAUCUGGGUCUGACUGCUGUGGGCCAGGAAGACACAGGAGGAGGUAAUUUUUUAGAUGACAACAUUGUCCCGGUGUCCGACCAUAGCAUUCCCAGCCCCAUGCAUCUCCGCCUGGGUCAGAAAGAAAGGGUGUGGAGCGGCGAGGAUGACGUGGAUGAGGACGGGAUGGGCCAGAUCAACGCCGAGGAUGCUGACGAUGAGUUUGAGGGCGGCUGCUGGGAGGAGAAUGAGGAGGAUGAGGAGGAAGAAGUAGAAGAAGAUGAGGAUGAAGAGCAGGCAGCUGUGGUGGACUGGGACAUGGCAGACUUUCCCCCCCAGUCCACCCAGCAUUACCAACACGCAAACUUUGGAGUGUCACUAAAGGAUGAAGAUGUGAGGACGGAGGAAGACGCAGCGGCACCAAUCCCCCAGACUGCAACGAGACGGCAGACGUCGGAGUCCCACCUACACAGAUUCUGGGCUCUACAGCGUACCCGGUCCCAGCGCCAUCACCGAUUCUAUGGCGUCCUUGGUUCUCGGCUGAGCCAGCACUGGAAGAAUUGGCGGCAACGGGCCCAGCGGGUGUACUCCCUUGGCCUCCGCUGGGGCUUGAAAGGACAGAUGUACAAUUGUUACAGCAAGCCGAGGAGGAUAAAAGGCUAUCGUCCAUCGCUGUACACUGACGACGAUAUCAGCGACGAUGAGAGAUUCACAGAGGCUGGUAGAGAUAAACAGAUGAGCAGCUGCUCACCAGACAGGUACGGGGACCGAGGCAGACGGGAAGUGGAGGAAAAACAAGCAGAGCCGGCGCUUUCUGAAGAGCACGUGAGCUGUGUAACAGGUAUUCUGGAAGAAUCCCUGCAGAAAUACGGCAGUUUGAUCCCAAUCCACGUCGAAGACAUCGUGGAGCGGCUUCAGGACAUCUUCAGUGAGAACUUUGCACAGCCACACAGGAAAACCAUGGUCCAACAUUUGAUACAAUCCUUCCAGCGUUCCUCGGGAUCAGCUCUGGCCAAAACCUUCAGAGUCAACUACAAACGUCACGUUCUUACCAUGGAUGACCUCGGCACGCUCUAUGGACAGAACUGGCUCAAUGACCAGAUUAUGAACAUGUAUGGCGACCUGGUCAUGGACUCAGUUCCAGAGAAGGUUCACUUUUUCAACAGCUUUUUCUACGACAAGCUAAGGACAAAAGGCUACGAAGGAGUCAAACGAUGGACGAAAAAUGUGGAUAUCUUCCAGAAGGAUCUGCUGUUGAUCCCCAUCCACCUGGAGGUUCACUGGUCACUGGUCAGUGUGGACAUUCCCCGGAAAGCCAUCACAUACUUUGACUCCCAGCGGACCCUCAACAGACGUUGCCCCAAGCACAUUUAUAAGUAUCUGCAAGCGGAGGCCAUCAAAAAAGACCAGCAAGAGUUUUUGACCGGCUGGAAAGGCUUUUUCAAAAUGAAGGUGGGCCGACAGAACAAUGACAGCGACUGCGGGGCGUUUGUGUUACAGUACUGCAAGUGUCUGGCCCUGGGGCAGCCGUUCAGCUUUGGUCAGCAGGACAUGCCUCGCCUGCGGAGGCAAAUGUACAAAGAACUUUGUCACUGUAAGCUCACCGUGUGAAUCCCACCCCUACCGUAUCCACACCAGCCACAGAAAGAUGGAGGGGGCCUGGGGGGAGCGCCCCCAGACAGAACACUCAUCAUAGAUCGUCGCAACCAUCUUGUGGAUUCUUCAGUGGAAGCUAUUCAUGUAGAUAACCCCCAAAAAAGCUCUCACUUUCUUUGCUAAAUCAUGUCAGAGUGUACAAAAUGGCCAAUGGUUCAUCCUCAUACCAGUUAUAUUGACAGAGCAGGGGUUGGGAACCAUUUUGUAAUCAGCCCUGCAAGCAUUUACUGCCCGUAACAUAUAACAAAUUUCUGUCUUACUUUUUCUAAAGUUUGAAUUUAUUCAAAAGGUUCCCCAGGCCUGUGCUGACAGCUCAGCUGCAGUUUCCAACACUUUUUUUUUUUUGCCAUGUGACGUGUCCUUUAUUGAGGUAAUUUUUACUUUGCAUUUGUUUUGUUUUUUUAAAUAUGGGUUCAUGUCAAAAAAUAUAUUGCUAUGCUUUGACAACUGUUUACACAGGAGGAAUACUUUAUUAUUGAGGGGCAAGAAUAAAUUGGCUAGAUUUUUUUUUCAGUCAAGCAAGUAUCCUCCGUAAAAUGUUUUGUAACAAAAUACGUUUAGCCCCUGCUAUCCCCUCCUUAAAGUUGUGAUUCAAAUGAGUUGACUGUUUUAUAUAUCUUCUACAAUGCAUAAUGGUUGCUAGAAAUAAAAAAAAAACUAAAAC